AUGGCCGCCGUCACCCGUCAGCCCUUUGCUCCCUUGGACGGGGCCCGUCUUCAAUCCUUGACCAGCCUCAAAAACAGACAAAACGCCUCCGUCUCUCCCAAGCGCAAAGCAGAGUUUCUCGAGAUUGACAACUGCGAGAAUGUCGAUCCGCUGCUCUUUGCGAAACGCUCCAAGGGCGGCGCAGCCACCCCUGCCAAGGACAGUCUCACCAAGCCGUCCAACUUCUUCCUCACUCCCAAGCUCAGCACUCCUGCCGCCAAUGCGCGGUCUCUCGCCAGCCCAAGCAAGGCCGCCACCACGCCGCGGCGCAUCUUGAACGUCAAGUCCAGCUUGGGCAAGGCCAGUGUCGAAAACACGCCCAAGUCCUGCCCACCAGCUCCCGCGGGCCGCUCGCCAACUAGGGGCAAGCGCUCGGGAAUCCUGUCGGGACGGCGGCGCGCCACUCGCCUGGACCCUCCCUCUUUCCACAUGGACUCUGCGCCCUUUUCUCUCGACGCAGCUCUGAAAGGCACAAUUGCGGGAUACACCCCGCGGCCAUCCACCAAGAAGCCCGUCAUCUCCAGCCUGCUUGAGCCUGAAUCCAAAGCCAGCUGGUUCUUCGAUAUUCACGAAGACACCGCUGAGCAGGAGAUGACCAAUCUUCUUCAGCACAGCACCUGCACACUCGACAUCUCAUCAGAUGAGGAGACGGAGCAGCGCGCAAAGCGAGAGGGUGUCGAGGGCCGCGACAAGGAGAACAUUCCUCCCGCAGAUGACGUCUCCCAGACUUCCUCACAACGGACUGUCCAGGCCAAAGCCGACGAGAUGGUUGUUGAAAAGGAGCGAGUUGCGCUGGGCGAGAUGGACGCGGCCGACUUUUACGCCGAGGGUUGCGACGAGACAUCGGUGAUUCUGGUCCACGAGGAUGAAGAAUCAGAGGCCCCUGUUGCCCCCCUCGUCAGUGUCUCAAGCAUACCCGAGGAGCCGGAAGAGCAAGAGCCGGAAGAGGAGGAGCUGGAGAUCCAUGAAGACAUUGACGCCCUCAUUUCCAGAAGCGACGAGACUUCGUCCAAGGCAGCCGUUCUGCAGCCCAUUGAAGGUACAGGCGAGAGCUUUGAACUCUGGGAAAGCAGCAGUGCCAAAGACGAAGCCGAAUCCGCGCCGGGGAGCCCGUAA